GAGUCCCGAGCCCUUUAUUCCUUCUCCCCAGUUCUAGCCUCCUUGUUCCCGAGCCCUUGCCCUUGUGGCAUUCUGUUUCUUUUGUUUUGUUUCUGGAUUUCUUGUCUGACCCCUGCCUGCUCUUUUGACUCUUCUUGUUGGAUCACGCUUUUGGACCUCUGCCUUGUUUGGACUGACCUCCCGGUUUUGGAACUUUGCCUGUUUUUUGAUUACGCUCUGUCUGCCCCUUCAUCUGCCAUUAUACCUGCCAUUUUUCCACACCCCCCGUUUCCACAUGGCCAUCCUAGUUAUUUAGGAGCAGUGGGCAGCCACAGUGCAGCACCCGGGCACUAACUCCAGGUCUGAGGCCUUGGUCAAGGGCAACAGCAGGAGCACACCUAACCUGACACAGGCAUGUGUUUGAGUGUGGGAGGAAAGCUGAGUACCUGGAGGGGCAGCCUGUAGCAUAGUGGUUAAGACAUGGAGCGCGGAUCUUUCCGGAAGGUGGAUGUCCCGGAUCAGGCCCACUACAUAGUGGCGUUCUUCGUGCUGGUCAUCGGGACCGUGGGGGUGGGCGGCAACGCCCUGGUCAUGUACGCCUUCUCCAGCAACAGGAAGCUGCGAAACCCGGCGAACUACUUCAUCAUGAACCUGGCAGUGAGCGACUUCCUGAUGUCCGCCACGCAGUCUCCGGUCUUCUUCAUCAACUGCCUCUACCGGGAGUGGGUGUUCGGGGAGCUGGGGUGUAAGCUGUAUGCGUUCUGCGGGGCUCUGUUUGGCAUCACUUCCAUGAUCAACCUGCUGGCCAUCUCCAUCGACCGGUACAUCGUCAUCACCAAGCCACUGCAGGCCCUCCAGUGGACGUCGAAGCGGCGGACCUCGCUGGUCAUCCUCCUGGUGUGGCUGUACUCCUUGGCCUGGAGCCUGGCCCCCCUGCUGGGCUGGAGUUCCUACAUCCCAGAGGGCCUGCUGACCUCCUGCACCUGGGACUAUGUCACGUCGACGGCCUCCAACAAGAGCUACACCCUGAUGCUCUGCUGCUUCGUGUUCUUCAUCCCUCUGGGCAUCAUCUCCUACUGCUACCUCUUCAUGUUCCUGGCCAUCCGCAGGGCCAGCAAGGAGGUGGAGGACCUGGGCGGCCACGUCAGGAAGUCCACGCUGAUCCAGCAGCAGUCCAUCAGGACGGAAUGGAAGCUGGCGAAGCUGGCGUUUGUGGUGAUCGUCGUGUUCGUGCUCUCCUGGGCGCCCUACGCCAGCGUCACGCUCAUCGCCUGGGCGGGGUACGGCAGUGUUUUGAGCCCGUAUUCUAAAGCGGUGCCUGCAGUAAUCGCCAAAGCCUCUGCCAUCUACAACCCUUUCAUCUACGCCAUCAUUCACUCCAAAUACAGGGACACCCUGGCAGAGAGGGUCCCUUGCCUGCGGUUCCUGGCCGGUCCCUCCAGGACGGGGCGUGUGUCCGUGUCUCCCAGCGAGUCCUCCCUCAGAGAGCCCAUUCUCUGCCCCCAGUCCCACACCACGGUGGGCAGUGACGUGCAGCUGGACGCAGUGAGCCAGCAGUCCAGGGGCUUCAGGCGCUCCUCGUCCUCCAGCCUGCUCAGAGACGCAGACCAGCGCAAAGGCAGGGCGUGCUCCCCUGUCACGGAGGAAGAGGUGUACACCCCAGCGAGGGAGAGAGCGUGUAGCUAUGACGACGGCUCCGUUGGUGUGGCAACCGUAUCUCUCCUGGUCACGACGAGGGAGCGGUUGAUGGAGGGGAGUCGGGACGGGGAGCGGGCGAACGAUUGGGUCGCGAUGGACGAGGUGAUGGAGGACCCCUCCCCCACGCCUGCAGAGAGCUGUCUGAUUGGUGGAGCCGGGCACCGGGGGGAGGGGCCAGCACUGGUGACGUGUGAGGUGGAAAACCUGGUGAGGGACCUGCUCUGUGUGAAACAGCCCGUGGACUUCCUGUCCUGAGAGGCUGACCCGCCCGUGGACUUCCUGUCCUGAGGGGAACUGCAUCGUCCCUCUGACUGAACAAAAAUAACAUGCGUUUUCCUGUUUGUAUUGUACAUGAUGCAAUUAAUUAAAAAAAAAAAAUGUUUGUAACACUUGAAUUGGCAUUAACUUAUGUAGUUGUUUAACUUCUCUGUUGUUUGUUUGUAAUCUGUCCAACAAUUAUAUGAAUUGCCAAUUCAUAUUGGAAUGAAAAAAACUGUUCAUGCAUUUGUUCAUGUUUAAAUUAUAAGUUCAUCCUAUGCCUUGCAAUUCUACAAUUAUUAAUGUAACCAAUACAUUAGUUAGUACGAAAUCAAUACUUUUACUAAUGUAAAUAAUUCAUUCAUAUAUUUUAAUAAAUUUCAUGCUUAAUUAA